CUUUCCAAAAUCCAUCAAAUCCUUCAAGAUGCCGCGUCGGUCUCGGACCUGGGGUCGCCUCGCGGUGCUCGUCCUUGUGUUCCUUCUCUUCGCCGAAGGAAUCGACGCAGCACCCAAAAAGAGCACAGAUUACUACAAGAUCCUCGGAGUGCCCAAGAACUUCAACGACCGGCAGCUCAAGAAAGCCUACCGAACGUUGGCACUCAAGUACCAUCCCGACAAGGUCGAGGAGAGCGAGCGCGAGAAGGCGCAGGAAAAGUUUUUGGAGAUCUCCCAGGCGUAUGAAGUAUUGUCGGAUCCAAAGAAAAAGGAAGAGUACGACUUGUACGGCGCGGAUGGUCAGGGCGGCGGCGGCAAUGGCGGGCAACCCGGUGGACAUCGGCAUCACCAUCACGGAGGCGGUCCUGGAUUUGAUCCGUUUGAAAUGUUCAAUCAGUUCUUUGGACAGGCUGGUCGUGGCGGCAACGGCCAGCGUCGGGGCGGGCACCAAGAGUUCCAAUUCAGCGGCAUGGACGGGUUUGGCCAGCAACAACAGCACCACCGCCACCCACCAGUGGAACCCCUGUACCCCAAAGGCGCGUCCACCGUCGUCAACUUGUCCCCCAAGAAGUUUCCCGCCACGGCGAACGCCAAAAACGAAUGGCUCGUCGAGUUUUACAGCCCCAACGACAAGAAGAGCGUCAAGUUCAAAGACAAGUUGCUCAACAUCGCCAAGGACUUGCGCGGCCGCGUCAAGGUCGGCGCCGUCGACUGCGACAAGCACCGGUCGUUGUGCGACCAAUAUGGCGUCGAGACCCUCCCGAGCUUUGUGCACGUAUGGCAAACCAACGUGUCGCCGCUGUACGACGGCCCGUUGGACGAGUAUAGCGUGUACAACUUUGCGUUUGAAAAGUACGCGGCGCGGUACCGCGCACGGCGAGACGCGGGGGACGUGGAUGAGCUACACGGCGGCAACCAAGCCAAGCUGUGCAACCUCGGCAAGGAUGCGGACGUGACGACAUCGUCCCCGCUCUGCGCUGUGUUUGUCUUGCCAAAGAAGAAGGACCAGUGGAUGCAACACGUUCGAGACGUGGCCAAGGCGUUCCGAACAGACCACCGCGUGAACGUGGUGUGGGUGGACGAGGCUAGCCAAGCCAAGGCUUUGAAACCGCUGCAGCCGUACUUGACCAAGGGGCAACCGUCGUUGGUCCUGCUGCGACGAAAAGCGGGCGGAAAGCUCCGUGCCGCUGGGGCCCAUCCAAGUUUGCCGUCAUUCGACGCAAACGACCUCACCGCCACGAUCGAGCGAGCGCUAGGGGGGGAUUUGACGCUUGCAAAUGUAGAAAAUGCGAAUGCCGUAGACUUCAAGUAAACACGGAUAUGAAAAAGAACAUGUACUGUGGUGUUUGGUUGUGGAAA